AUGACUAAAGACGCAAUAAACGCCCAGAAUCCCGAUGCCAAAGAGCUCGAAAGACUCAGAGAAGAAGCUGGAAUCAUCAGAGACCCGAUCGACCAGCCAGACUUCUGGAGAGAGAGGAAAUCGGCGAUCAAGAAAGACCCAGUGACUCAAUACCCUCAGGAAUCAAAAGGACGAAUGCUCAUCCGACUCCGUCUCAGAAUUGGCGACAGAUUCAAAGACCUGCUUGAGCAGAUGGUCCAAGGAAUGGGUCUUAUUAAAUAUAAAAAGUAA